AAGAAAAUAUCCUGCUUUGUAUGACAAGCAAGAUAAAAAUUUCAGAGAUAAAAACAAAAAAAGAUUAGCUUGGGCAGAUGUGGCAAAAGAACUUAACAUACAGAAUGGUAAGAUCCAAAUAUAUGUUGAGAUCAUUGAACAAAAACAAGUUGUAUUUUACAACGUUUUCGUUAAUUAUCCUAAGUUCUUUUUAAGUUUAAAACGAUGGCUAUGAUACAAAAUUUUUAAAAGUCUUGAGGGACAUAAAUGGUUGACAGAGGACUUUGAUCUAUCUUUUCGCCCAUUUUAUAUCAAGAAUAUAACCAAACCAUAGACAAAUAUUUUUUAUGAUUUUAUUUUAGUUACCGAAGUUGAAAAAGCUUUUCGAAACUUGAGAAGCAAGUAUGGGAAAGCGAAAAAGAAGUGGAACUCUUUAAACAAAAGUGGAGCUGGUGCAAAAGAAGCGAGACGUCCUCCCCUUCUCGAAGUGCUAGGGUGGUUGGAACCAUAUAUCGUAGAAAGAGGCACAUCAUCCAAUUGAAGCACCAGUGAAUCUGUGGCACAAGAAGAAGAUGACGACAGGAAAUUAUUCGAAGGAGAACAGUUUGACCAGGAAGAAGAAGAUGGAGAUAUAGAGGAAGAUGGAGGAAAUGACGGUGACAACGAGUCAGUGAUAUCGGAACCAGUAACAAACCCACCACCUCUUCCGUCCAACAAAAGUAAACAAAACGUUUCGGAUGUCACGGGAAGACAAAAAUUUCAAAAGGGCGCAACUAAAAGGAAGGCAGAGUUGGAGACUGACUUAAUGUAUAAAUCCGCUAUACUACAAGCUGUAUAUAAAUGCUAAAUGCUCUUUAUGAUGGGGCAAGAAAGACCCUGAUGGGUGAAGUUGAAGAAAAGGCAAGGGAGGAUCAUGCCGAAGACGGGCAGCAGCCGAACCAAAAUUUCACGCCUCAAAAACAUAAGCAUGCUCACCAUAGAACCUUCCGAAGUUUCCGCAUCCCCGGCAUAGACGGUACGGAUGUUAAUGGUUACUUGGGGAUGGUGCGAUCACACGUGAAAACCCUGGUUGGGAAGCAGGUUAAAGACAUGGGGUCUGCUAAGGUGCGGUGUUUCCUCUGGAUUUUAUGGAAGAAGCCAGUGGAUGGUACCAGCGAGUUCAUCGAAGUCGAUAAAGUAUUCCACAGCAACAUGACACGGCCUUUCAGGGUACCGUCGUGGACGAGGUGCUAGAUACGAUGUUUGCCCAAGUCAAAACGCAUGUGGAGAACCCAGCGCUGCCCAAAAGUGGCUUCACCAUCGGUCGAAUCAUGCAUCUCGACGUGGACUUCCAUAAGCUACGACUAACAAGGGGUUCCUCAUAUAUCAAAGCACCCAAGUGGAUAGCCACUAAAAGGCCAUCAUUAACCCCGCGAACAAGGACGAAGAGUGUUUCAAGUGGAGCAUGAUAGCUGCUCUGCAUCAUGAGGAUAUAACCAGCGAUCCACAGAGAAUCAGCAAAC